ACCGUAGACGGCCGCGGUCUGCACGGCACCUUUGUAAACGCGCUGUUUGAGUGCGGCACCAAGAACUUUGCGAGUGGAUAUCAUGGCUGAUGAAGCGGCGGAGGGAUUUCCUCGUCUGGAGCUCCAGUCGAUUAUUGGUUUUAAUGGUAAUGUCCCGGGAGGCUUGAUCGCCCAUCCUGACCAGAAACAUGUUAUCUAUCCGCUGGGAAGUACUGUGAUCAUCCAGAGCCUGACCACCCAGAAGCAGGAGUUCCUCCAGGGCCACAGCAACAAUGUCUCCUGCAUCACUGUGAAUCGAAGCGGCCAGUAUCUGGCUUCUGGACAGGUCACCCACAUGGGCUUUAAGGCUGACAUUUUAAUCUGGGACUAUGCCAACAGAGAGGAGUAUGCGCGGCUGGUGCUCCACAAGGCUAAAGUUGAAGCACUGGCUUUCUCACCUAAUGGCACCUACCUUGUAUCUCUGGGAGGUCAGGAUGAUGGCAGUGUUGUUCUGUGGAAUGUUGCAAAGAGAGAAGCAAUAUGUGGAAGUCCGGCCUCCACCCACAGCUCAGGGAUAAGCCUGACGGUGAAAUUCCCCAACCUCAGAGACGACAUCUUCAUCACAGCUGGAAACUGCACCUUGCGGGUCUGGGAGCUCGAUCUGCGUAACCGAAAAAUCUGGCCUAUCGAGUGCCAGCUGGGCCAGCUGAAGAGGAUUGUCCAGUGUCUCGAGGUAGAAGAUGAUGACAGUUUCUUCUAUGGAGGAACCUCUAGUGGAGAUGUUUUAAAAGUGAAUCUGAAAACCAAACUUCUCAACAGCUGUGCACCUGCAAAGGAGAAGUUCAGUCAGGGUGUGACAUCGCUGAAACUCCUCAAGACGGGCGACAUACUGGUCGGUUCUGGAGAUGGUGCAGUCAGUCUUUGUAAGACGGCGAAUUUUAAAGUGAUCAAACAGGUUCAUGUAGAAGGUGGUGUGACCUCCAUCAGUCUCCGAGGCCAGGGUCACCAGUUCUUCACUGGGACACAGUCCUCAUUGAUUUUUCGCUUUAACUUCACGGAGUUCAAGGAUGAGCUGUUCACCUCGUGUCACUGCGAUGCGGUCAAUGACAUAGCCUUUCCUUUUGGAACCGCAGAGCUGUUUGCUACGUGUUCGAAGAAUGAUAUCCGGGUGUGGCACACAGAAACCAACAAAGUCCUACUGCGCAUCACCGUGCCCAACAUGACGUGCAAUGCCAUCCAGUUCAUGCAUGAUGGGAAGAGCAUUGUCAGCGCCUGGAAUGAUGGUAAGAUCCGUGCCUUCACUCCAGAAAGCGGCAAGUUGCUGUACAUCCUCAACAAUGCACAUAGCAUGGGAGUGAGCGCAAUUGCUGUCACCAGUGACUGUAAGUGGGUCAUCAGUGGUGGAGGAGAGGGACAGGUGAGAGUAUGGGAAGUCACCCCCCGUUCUCAGCGACUACUGGAAUCCAUGAAGGAACACAAAUCCUUGGUCUCCUGUAUUAAGGUGAAAAGUAACAAUAGGGAGUGUGUUACCACCAGUUCUGAUGGGACCUGCAUCAUCUGGGAUCUGGUGCGCUUUGUCAGGAAUCAGAUGGUUCUGGCCAACACGAUGUUCAAAUGUGUCAACUACCACCCUGAAGAGUUCCAGAUCAUUACCAGUGGCUCGGACAGGAAGAUUGGAUACUGGGAAGUCUUUGAUGGUGCUGCAAUAAGAGAACUGGAAGGCUCCCUGUCUGGAUCCAUUAACGGCAUGGACAUUGCACAGGAUGGCAGACAUUUUGUCACAGGUGGAGAUGAGAAGCUGCUUAAAGUCUGGGGCUACAAUGAAGGUGAGAUCACUCACAUCGGGGUAGGCCACAGUGGGAACAUCACUGGCCUGAAAAUCUGCCCCAACAGCCACUGGAUCAUUAGCAUCAGUGCAGAUGGGGCAAUCCUGCGGUGGAAGUUUCCACACCAUUAGGAAGAAUUUCCAAGCAUUAUUCUGUUUUCCAGUUUAUGGAGAGCAAGCUAUGGUACUGUUGAUCUGUUUGAUGUUAAAAAAAAAGGACUUGUAAAAGUGUACACUCUGGAAAUGCCGUAACUAAUUCCCCCUCUUUACCCUGGGCUCUGUGAAUCAGGCCACAGAGUAUGACACCCACAUAUGGCUGCCUCAGCCCCCCUCUCAAAUACACAUGGGCACCGCAGGGUUUACAGGACCAUCUAAGAAACCCAAAGCUGCCCAUCUGGACCCCUGAAGUUCACGUCUGAGUGAAUUAGCUCCAGCAUUCACGUUUUGAAGCUUGUUUUAAUAAACAGAACUAAAUUGUAAAUAAUUCUGGUUACAGAUUAAGAAAUGCAAAGCUAUCUGGUGCUAAGAAGAGGAUUUAUUAGCAUCUUUUUAAAAGUAUGUGGGACUACAAUCAAAGCUAUUCCCUCUCACCUUUGGAUGAAAAGGUUCCCCUUUUAUAUUAUAUUUAUUGAAGGCUACCCAUGAUGAAAUUCUGCAUCAGUGUCUGCAGGUAAUGGAGCAUCACCUUUGAAAUCCAUUAUCUAAUAUUUACUGUAAGCUGAGGUUGAUCUCAAUGUGAAAUGUGUAUUGCAGUUUCUGAUGUAACCUGGUGGGGGUGACCUUCAUUUGAACCCUCAACAAUCAGAAACUCUGUUUGUGAAAAGUAAAAGCCACCUUAAAAUUGACUAGAUGGGAAACUUCUUUAUAAAAAUCUAUAACUAAAUUUCCAAUACAA